GGCCCCACCAUCACACUCAACACUUAUAACCCCACCAUCGCACCUUGCGUGUUUGGGCACACAGUUAAACUCCCCCACCAUGAGGCUCACACGCAGUCUCCUGCUCAUCGUGGCGCUCCUGCUCCCAGCAGUACAGGCCGCACUCCUCGCCAUCGACUAUGGAGCAGAGUUUACAAAACUCUCCCUCGUCAAGCCAGGCCACCCCUUUGACGUGCUGCUGGACCGCGAUUCAAAGCGCAAGAUCAGCUCGGUCGUCAGCUGGAAGCGCGAUGAGCGCGUGUUUGGACAAGAGGCCAAGAUGGCGGCCGUCCGUUUCCCGGAUACACACUUUCCCUACGUCAAGCACCUGCUUGCGUCCGAGUCGGCUCCCCAGCUCCCGAUCUUCCCCCAGCCCCCCGUCGUGACAGAAGACGGCGUCCUCAUCUUCCCCCACCCCAAGGCGCCGAGCCACAUCUCGCCCCAGCCCGACUCGCACGGCGAGGUCUGGACACCGACUGCCCUGCUCGCCCACCAGCUCGCGUACUACCGCGGCCUGGCCGAGGAGAGCGCCGAGGAGAGCGUGACCCAGGUCGUCGUCACCGUCCCCGCGUGGUGGACGCAGGCCCAGCGCCGCGCCUACCGCGAUGCCCUCGAGCUCCAGGGCCUCACCUGCCUCGCCAUGAUUGGCGAGGGAACUGGUGUCGGCCUGAACUACGCCAUGACUCGCACCUUCCCCAACUACGACGUCGAGACUGGCGAGGGAGAGCGUGAGAUCCACGUCGUAUACGACUCGGGCGCGCUCUCAACUUCCGCUACCGUCCUCUCCUUCUACCAGACUUCGUACGCGCCGUCGCCCAGGUCCAAGAUGCUCAUCAACACGACCCACAUUGAUGUUCUCGGCGUCGGAUAUCUCGACAUUGGCGGUAUCCACCUCGACAUCGCGGUGCGCGACAUUAUCAUUGACAAGUUCAUCGCCAAGACUGGCCGCAAGGACGUCAAGAACGACGCCCGCGCCAUCGCCAAGCUUACCAAGGAGGCCGUCCGUGUGAAGAACAUCCUCAGCGCCAACCAGGAGGCCCAGAUUUCGAUCGAGUCGGUCUUUGACGACAUUGACUUCCGUUCGUCAAUCACCCGCGCCGAGCUCGAGAAGACUAUUGCUCCCGAAAGGAAGCAGUUCCUCACUCCGCUCCGUAGCGCUCUCAAGUCGGCUGGUGUCUCGUUCAAUGACGUCAAGUCGGUCAUCCUGUUCGGCGGCAACACCCGUGUGCCGUUUGUUCAGUCGGCCGUCAAGUCGAUCCUCCCCUCCGAGGACCUCAUCGCCCAGAACGUCAACAGCGACGAGGCCGCCGUCCUUGGUGCCGCCUUCUAUGGCGCUGGUCUUACCCGCCAGUUCAAGAUGAAGCAGAUUGAGAUCCUCGAGCGCAGCGUGUACGACAUCUCGAUCAAGGGCGGCGAGGUCGUCUUCCCUGUCGGCACCAAGCUCGGCGAGCGCAAGUCGCUCCUCCUUGCCCCCAAGGACGAGAUCACGCUCGAGUUCACCCAGUCUGGCGAGCCCGUCUCGAUCGCUACCGUUCUUGACAUCAAGGACGCGCUUGCCAACUAUACCGCUCCCUCGCCCGUUGUCAAUGUCACUCUCCGCCUCGACGCCCGCGGCAUCUUCAGCGUCGCCAACGCUGCCCUCGUGUCCAACGAGACUGAGCCAGCUACCAACGGCGGUGUCGCCGGUGCCCUCAAGGGGCUCUUCGGCAAGAAGGAGGAGACCACUACCGAGGCUGCCGACGCUACCGAGACGGACGCUGACGCCGACGGCGACGAGUCUGCUGCCGCUGCCGAGAACAAGACCGAGGCCGUCCCCGCCAAGAAGAAGACGCCCCGUGUCGCCCUCAAGGUCCGCGAGAAGCCCGUUGGCUACAAGCCCUUGACCAAGGAGGAGAAGCGUGUCACUCGCGAGCGUCUGGCGUCGAUCGCGACUUUUGAGAGCGCCAUGAAGGCCCGCGCGGAGGCUCGCAACAUGCUCGAGGGCUACCUCUACCGUUUGCAGAACCUGCUGUCGGACGACGCGGAAAACCGCGCUGUCCACGAGUUUGCCAAGCCUGAGGAACGCAAGAUCCUGUCCAAGCUUGUCGAGGACACUUUUGAGUGGCUCCACGACCACGCCGAGGACGCCGAUGUCAAGACUCUUCUGGCCAAGCGCACUGCGCUCGAGACGAUCGAGAGCCCCAUCGUUGUGCGCUUCAAGGAGAGCCAGACCCGCGGCCCUGCGAUCGACAACUUCCAGCAGGCCAUGUUUGCCGGCCGCCACUUCCUUGUGGAGGCGUCCAAGAACCGCACGGCGGCGCUCGAGGCCGUGGCCAACGCCCCCGCGGACAAGCCGGCGGCGCCCCCCAAGUUCACGCAGGAGGAGCUGGACGAGGUCAAGAACAUGCUCAAGGACUACGAGACGUGGAUGGACGGCCUCAUGGAGCAACAGGUGCCCCUCGAGCAGGACAAGACGGCCGACCCGGUCAUCUUCACCGCCGAGCUCGAUGAGCGGGGCAAGCGCCUCCAGGCGCACGUCCUCAAGCUCGAGGCAAAGAGGCAGCCUCGCGCCCCCCGGCCACCGCGACCAAGCAGCAGCACAAGUGCUGCGGCCGAGGAGGAGACGGGCAAGGCUGAGGAGCAGGCCGAGGAGGAGGAGAAGAAGGACGAGAAGGUCGAGCACGACGAGCUUUAGAAGCAGUAGACAAGGCGGUACAUUUAGUGGCAUGGCAUCCAUUGCAUAG